AUGGAUUUUCUGAAAGAACAGUUUCUCCAAACAGUCAGCCCAGAUGAUGACGUCUCCAUGAAGUCAGGCACCAGUCAGACUCCAUCAGAACCAGAAAGUGAUCCAGCCGAACACGUGUUGGCAGGAGAGUCACAAGAUCCAGAAGAAGAUGAGCCCAAUCUAGGUGACUUUUGGGACUCACUCACAACUGUAAUUGCCGAAAAAAUAACUAAAGUCAAGGACAGGAAAGUUGACUCACAAUAUAGGUCCAAGAGUGUUAAGAAUCACAGUCGUGUUGAAUUAUGUACAAAUGAUAAUGCUGACUUCAAUUAUGUGAGUGAUAUUCUUGAGUGCUCGGGCUUCAAUGAAAAUGGCUUCCAUGGACCAUGGUAUUCACAGGACCAGCCAUUGAACCCUUUGGUGUUUGACGAAGUGGAAGAUUGCUGGCCUCAUGAAUCCCAACAUUAUGAAGAGAAAAUCUAUGCCUGUUUUCAUCACCAGCUUCUGUUUGAUAUAAUCAAUGAGGUUUUACUCCAGAUAUAUGAUAGUUCUUUCCCAUACUACCCAAAAGCAUUGUCCUCCAAUUGUCGCAUAUGUCCAAUGCCAGUGAGGUACCACGUUCUAGAUGAGGUCUGGGCAAGAAUUAGCAAAACCCUGAGCUUGAGGCCAAGGGUUGAUCAGUCAGUGGACCAUGUUGUCUCUCAUGAUUUGGGGACAGAUGAUGGGUGGAUGAACCUCCAGCUGGAAUCCGAAUGUGUGGCUCUUGCGCUGGAGGAUAUGAUUUUUGAUGAACUUUUGGAAGAAGUAAUGUGUUCUUGA